AUGGCUUACAACUUCGUGAAUGAUCCCAUGACUCCUUCCAAGGAUCCAAUAUCGUUGGAUGGAGCACCGCCGGAUAAUCUUGUGCCCUCGGGAUAUGUCGAGUCUCGUAUACGGCAACUCAACAUCAUGUCAAGCAAAGUUCGACCCAAGGUUCAGAAUUCGCUACAUGUCGCAAAUGUGCGCGAAGGCGAAGAAGUUUGCAGCCCGGCUUGCCAGGGCACACGGCUUGAAGUCACCGCUUCACCCCCUGUUGGACAUUCGUAUCCGGGCUUGAGAAUUAAUGACAAUCACAGCGAUGACAUUGGAGUUGCUUGGGAAGCGUCAUCGAUAAGCGCUCACAUGUACAAUGUCAAGCCAAGGGGUUCACCACCAGGCAAGGCUGCCACGGCUUCACAGCGUACACCACUAUCUCGAGAGAAUAGCAGUACAUCAGGGCGCCAGCAUGAGUCCAAGUAUGAGCCGAUAGAGAACGUUGAAGCAACCCAGUUGCUGCAAAAACAUACAAACUCGCCAACCAGAAAAGCCAUUGGCGUAAGCCCAAAAACGCCAGGAAGAGAAGUUGGAGCGACGGUUGAACCUGAAGGUUCGCUCAGGAGGGUCGUCGUCGUCAAUUCAAAGAGCCCCAAACCAAACAUCGAAUCUUCUGACAUCUCAACCUGGAAACAACAAUUGAGAAAAGUUGGUGACUCGAGGAGCAACUCUCCAAAGAAGCCAUUCUCACCAUUAGCUGCCGGGCCUCAAUUACACUCUUCCCAGUCUCCAACUGGAUUUCUUCAAAUUGAAGAAACAGUCGCCAGGUCAACAAGACAAUAUGAGGCAGAAACCAAAGAGCAAACAUCUAGGGCACAGAAGCAGAGGGAAUCUAUAAACGAUGGCAUGGAGAGCAUUCUGACAGAAAAUGAUAAUACAGAGCCAAAUAUCACCCUUGCAGCCCCCGAUGAUGAUUCCGAAAUGCCUUCUAGUCACCACAUCUGUGAGUGGCGCUCACGGUAUCUGGGGCUAAGUGCUGCGUUUGAUAAGCUGCAAAGUGAGCUAGAUAUCGCGCUACAACAACAAGCAACUGCAGAUACUGUUGGACAAGAACCGGUGACGGCUUCACAUCAAAACCGAUACAAUGACUACGACAUCGAGGGUUUGACUAUCAUCGUACACAGAAGAAGCAAGGAGGAUUUGGUCCUCAAUACAGAUUUGAGAGAGGAGGAAUUCAGCGAUAUUGGAGAGUAG